CAUCACAUUGGCCCGUCAUUCUCUCAAGGUGCUUUUCUUUAAAGCUCGGCAACAUCUUCCUCGGUUCUUCUCCAACUAGGGUCAAGAUCGACCUCAUCUUCUAUUUGGGUAGCUGCAGAAAGAGUGAGAGAGAGGGAGGGAGGGAAAGGAUAGAAAUGGGGAGAGCUCCAUGUUGUGACAAGGCUCAUGUGAAGAAAGGACCAUGGUCUCCUGAGGAGGAUGCGAAGCUAAAGGCCUAUAUCGAGGAGCAUGGGACUGGGGGAAACUGGAUUGCACUGCCUCAAAAGAUUGGUCUGAAGAGAUGUGGGAAGAGUUGCAGGCUGAGAUGGCUCAACUAUCUAAGGCCAGACAUCAGACAUGGUGGGUUCUCAGAGGAAGAGGAUCAAAUCAUCUGUAGCCUCUAUAUUAAUAUUGGGAGCAGGUGGUCAAUAAUUGCAGCCCAAAUGCCGGGGAGAACAGAUAAUGACGUCAAGAACUAUUGGAACACCAGGCUGAAGAAGAAACUCCUCGGGAAGCGAAGAGAUUCAUGGCAGUCUCGCCGCCUCUCCAGUAACCACGAGCCAAAUGAGGAAACCAAUGGGAUGAGCCCUGACGCAUCUUCUCAAGCUUUGAGUGCAUCGGCCGCUGAAAGGAUGCAACUCCACAAGCAGCUCCAAGGUCACUGCAACCCCUUCUCUUUCUAUAAUAAACCUGGGCUGUGGCCAAAGUUCCACCCCAUGGGGGAUGAGCUCUUCUUCCAUAUCCAACACACGGAUGCCAAUACUAUUGCUGCCACCCCGGUGCUACAAGCCUCUAAUGCCUCCAUGAUUGAGCCCUCUUGUCAAAAUGUGUUCCUGAUCAAACCCGACAUCCCGAAUCCCAUGAAUGCCAAGAUACAAGAAGAUCUGAACAGCUCUACCUUAGGGUUUCCUUCACCUUCGAGCUCUGGUGCUCUCAGAAUGGAGAAUCCCAGCUCAAACUUUAAUGCAGCUGCUGUGGGACUUCAAGACGAGCUCCAUGAUUUGCUUUAUCAGAAGAACCGGUGUUCCGGCGGGCAGGAACAGCAGCAACAGACCGAAUUCGAGUGUUCCAAAGAUAUGAACGGCGAAAAGGUGAGCAUGGAUUGGUGGCCUACCGAUGGUUUUGAGAAGUCAUCAUCAGGGUCUUGGGACUCAGCUUCCAAUCCCCAGGCUGACCUGCUUCAGGAGUAUGAGUUGGGGUAUGAUUUAUAGUUCUUGUUAGAGCCGAUCUCUAAGAGUCUGGUAUUAGUGAUUCUGCAUGAAAGGUCUAAUUAAGACCAAUGGUGUACGUGUGUGAAUAAUACUGUAUUGUUCUUCUCAGUAUGAAGAAAUUAAAUCUAGUUCUGAAAAUUUCUUCUCA